AUGAUGCUCAAACUCUUUUUAAUGUUUAUUUGCUGCACACAACUAUGCAAAUCAUUCCACAUUACUCCGAUGAGUUACUCGGUUCUUUCCGAAAAUACUGAAAGUGUUCUCGAUCUUUCUGGAAGAGUUCAUGAGAAAAGAUUUUAUCUCCAUAUUUCAAACGACGCAUCCCCAUUCUUCAUGUAUGUGACACCAUGUGGAGCUGCUGUUCACUGGCAACUUUUCUCGGUUGAGAAAGAAAUGACACUGACGGAAGAAUUCGGAAUUGUUUCCGAUAUUUCGAAUUCUUUGGAACAAUCUGAAAACUUCCGUCUGAUUGCUGGCGAAGAAGAUAAGAAACGAAUGACUUUCUUCGCCCAUCGGCUACCAAGAAAAGUGAUUCUGACUAUUCGUACAUCUUCAUCAUCUGCAUCUGCUCGAGUCUUCUUCUCUCCAUCACUCUUCCGUCUCGAAGAUCAAUAUCCACCCCUUCCACAUGAUACACGUCUUGCCACGAAUACACUCAACGACAAUUCAUAUUCACGAAGAGACGAAGUUUCAACUCAAAUUAAUUGGAAGAUUUCCCCUCAAGUGAGAAAUGCUGAACCAGGACGUUACCGUAUCUGCACUAUCGUUUCUCGUCAAGACCCAGAAUUCGCUGGAAUGUGUGACCACGUGGAAGAAGGUGUGGAGACUGUGAAAUGUGUUCCACAAACGAAUAACUCGGUGGUUAUUGGACAUUUGAGAAGAGACCGAACAUACUAUGUGACUGUAUUCGUAAGAGAUCAUAAGAGAGGAACAUCAUCUGCAUAUGAAGUUCAAACGAUUCAUAUAUCUCCAUUAACUGAAAUUGUCUCUCAUCGAAAAGUCACUAGAAAUGUUCCGAGAAAACAAAAGAAAUCAGCUCCAAGAGUGUUAACUGAUGGACAAUUGGAACAAGUUGAAUUGGAACCAAAGAAGGGAACUUUCGUCAAUUUAAAGUUCUUUGUCAAUACAAUUCCAGAAGGAAAUGCGACACAAUCAGCAAUGCUCAUUGUGCACGCUUGCGAUGGACUCGUACGUAUCAAUUUGUUUCGGAACGGAAAGAUUUUGAAGAGAACUGAUUCCUUCUCCGGAUUCAGAAGAUUUGUUGUCACAAAUAUUCGAAGUGGACAUCUUCGAUUCCAAAUUGUAAAUGAUGAUGGGAGCUCGAAAACAAUCAGAGUUUGGGCAAGCACUGACUUCGAAACGUCUCCGUAUCCAAACCUUCCAGACGACACGAGUGUGAAAAUUGUUGAUCGAAGUUGUUCUUCUGCUUCAAUUCAAUGGAUUCGAGCUCACGACAGUCACGUCAAAUACUGCGUUUACAAAAGAAAAGAAAACUCGAAUUUCUUGGAACAACUCGUCAGUUUGGCUGACAAUCUUUGCGAAGGGGGUCUUUCUUCUUCAACUCUCGUUGGAUGCUACACUCACUCCCCAAUUAUAACUCAUGCUGAUUCUCAAUCUUUGAUCGAAACAACAAUUGAAAAUCUUCAUCCAGCAAGUACUUAUCGAUUAGAUCUUCUGGCAAUCCCAUUGGAUAGACCCAAUGCUCAAGCACUUCCAUAUAGAACAAUUUGGGUCAGAACGAAUCGAUUUUGCGGAAUUCACGAAUAG